UUUUUGGUGUUGUUUUUGUUCUCAGGCCGGGAGGUUGUGUUGUCGGAUUUUUUCGAAUAUAAAAAUACAAGAAAACGUGAACGUGGGUGAUUUUCUCGUUUAGAGAGUGCAUAUGUCUGUUUAAUCUUUUUAUAUAAACAACCCACAACAAAAAAGAAGAAAGAAUAGAAAAUUCGGGAUAACCAAAACAAAAAAAAAAAUAUUCACUCAUCAUUAACAACAAAGGCAGCAAAUAUGAAAUUAAAGCAGAAAAACUGUUCGUGCAAUGCCGCCAACGUCGGCAGAGGCAGAGGCAUCUACAGCAGCAGCGGCAGCGGAGGUAAAUUGCUGAUGCUAAGUAUGCUGCUCGCAGGUUUAUUGGUGGCCGUCACCCAAGCUGUUGAUCAGAAAUCUGUGAAACCCUCGACAGGAGCUGUAAUAGGACCAGCAGGAGGAGCAUCACCAUCCUCAUCAUCGUCAAUUUUAGCCAACAAAGAAGAAAUUUAUAUUGAUGAUGAUAGCGGCGAAGGCUCUGGCGGACGUGGCGGGAUACACGACGAUCUAGAGAAGGAUCGGGACUAUUCUGGCUCUGGUUUUGGCCCUGAUGACGAGGACUCUGAUACGGAUCAUCACGAUUCGCAUGGUUCGCAUAAUACGCGCAUUUCACAAGGUGGUGGUAGCAGUGCCGGCAAUUCAAAUACAGCUCAUAUACCAUCAACACCCACAACAACAACAACCACUACACAGACCUCGCCCUCAUCCUCCUCCUCGUCUUCCUCUUCAUCGACAACAACAACAACAAGUACAACAGCAGCAACUGUUGCCAUAGUCAAUCAAACACAAUUAGAGACAACUCCCAGCACCACAACCAUUUCCUCCAUCUCAAGCACACCCAUCACGCAUCAUGUCGAUGAUCUCGAUGAAGAAGAUCAGGAUGGUUAUGUUCGACCUCUGCCCAUCGAUGGCAGCGGUGAUGGUGGCCAUGAUGAUGAUGAUGAUGAUGACGAUGGUGAUGAUGAUGGCGGCGAUGACGAAGAUAAUGGUGAUGAUGAUGGUGGCCAUGGUAAUGAUGGCGAUGAUACGGAAGAUGGCGAUGUUAUUGGCGGCAGCACAGAUAUCUUUGGUAACCAUCACAAAAAUGAAGAUGAAUUGCCCAUCCAAAAGGAAGCCGACAAAAAACUUGAAUUGCCCAAGGCAGGUGAUGAUGAUGAUGAUAUUACCACCAUCGAUGUGGAUGAUCCGAGCGAGGAGGAUGAUGAGAUUUAUACGGAUAUCACCAAAAUUGAAAAGCCUGGCCAAGGACAUGGCCAUGAUGAUGAUGAUGGCGAUGAUAGUGGCAACUCAGAGCGCGGUGGCAGCGAAAGAACUAACACAGUGCAUGAAUUGAAUCCGCACAAUAACGUCAAUAGCCAGCCAACGGAUCAGAAUCAACGAACCGAACACAGGCCCGCGGGCAACGAGGUGGUCAUCAUGAGUGAGGAGGAUCGUACGACAAGCUUCUUUGCCCAGCCAGGCAUAUUGGCAGCUGUUAUUGGUGGAGCUGUCGUUGGCCUUUUGUGUGCCAUUUUGGUGGUCAUGUUCAUUGUGUACCGCAUGAGGAAAAAGGAUGAAGGUUCCUAUGCUUUGGAUGAGCCAAAGCGUUCGCCAGCCAACAAUUCCUAUGCGAAAAAUGCGAAUAAUCGUGAAUUCUAUGCCUGAGAUAAUGGCACAGCGCGCAGGUAUUAAAGUGGCAAACGGAAAGAAGGCAGCAUCAGCAACAGCAGCGGCAGCGGCAGCGACAGCAGUUAGAAAAGGAUACCGACAAAGGAUCUAAGCUAAUGGCAGCUAACGAAAAGGGCGAAACUAUGGAAAGUAGCAGAAGCAAAUAUUAAAAGGAACAACUAAAUACACUGCGCGAAGCAAACUAACAACAAUAAGCAACAGCAACAACAACAACUGCAAAAACAACAGCAACAACACACAUUUAUAAUGAAGAAGAAUUUUCGCAUAUAUAAACAACAAUUUUUCGUGAGGGGAUGAAAAAGGAAAACAAAAUAACAAACAAAAAAAAAACAUAAAAACAUAAAAACAAAAAAAAUGAUAGAAUGCAAGAAACACUGGAAAAAAUUCUUCAAACUUACCUGUAAGUUAAAGCAAUGCGCACACACACAUACAUACGUACCCACACGCACACACACAUACACACACACA